AUGGUCCAAUUGGGAGCUCUGAGUUGGGACGAGCUGAGAAAGGUCCUGUUGGAAGGCACCUCAGCACCGGUGGUGCCCCGAUACAAAGCGCUCUUCUCGGUGCAGCAGUCGGCGCCCAGUGCAACUGAGGCAGUUGCAACGCUCAGCAGUGCGCUACCUUUGCAGAAGGAUUCUGUGCUGCUUCGCCACGAAGCUGCCUAUGUCUUGGGGCAGCUGGGAGAUGCCUCUGCAAUUGAGCCCUUGCGGCAGAUAUUGCUUGACGAGACCGAAGAUGAGAUCGUCCGUCAUGAGGCCGCUGAAGCUUUGGCAGCUUUGCGGUCGGAUGACAGCGAGGCCCUGGUGACCGAACUCACUGCGGUGGCAAAGAAUACCUGCAGCGAAGCUUUGAGACACACCUGUCAGCUGGCCGUGGAAGGACUUGAACGAGGCAGGAAGGAGGCGGAGGAAGCCGGGCGUCCGGCCUUGCCGCUUUGCGUGUGUCAGUACUCUUCGAAGGACCCAGCGGAAGGCUUGGCAAACGCCACAGAAAAGGAUAUCCCCUGGGCAGCAUCCCGACUCGCUGAUGACAGCCUGCCGCUGUUCGAGCGCUACCAGGGGAUGUUCACGCUGCGCAACGUGGGCGGAGAUGGGGCUGUGCAAGCCUUGGCCAAGAUGCUUCUGAGUGAUAGCUCCAGUGCAGUCUUGCGACACGAGGCCACCGGAUGUGAGCAGCCAGUUGAACUGACAGCAAUGUUUUUGAGUGAAAAUAGUGAAACAUGCGAUUUAAGGACUCGUUACUCAACUUAA